UUAGAGCCCAGUCUGUUCCCCAGGGACACCAUGAGAUUAGGUGUGUGUGUGGGCGUGCCCGUGUGUGUGUGUGUGUGUGUGCCUGUGUGUGUGUGUGUGUGUGUGUGUGUACUGUAGCCUAUGUGAACAUGCUGUGUGGGAGGAGUCUGUACUUGGCUGUUCCCUGACCUUGGACGAGAAAAGCGUCUGGAUGUGAGAGAGCGAGAAAGACAGACUUGGAGAGUUUGGUAUCAACAUUAAUGCACAGCACACUAUAAGGAAGGGAGCGGUACAGGCUGAGACAAUGGAGGCUGCGGUAUAGGCUACUGCAGUGCAUGUUUGUGGGUUGUUGUUUCUGUGGCUGAAGAUAGGUUUUACAUUCGAAUUCUGAGAGACACCUGGCAACCCAUAGCUGAGCUGGAGAGUGAUAAUGUCUGUACAGGCCAGACAACAACACAGCAUACAGCAGCCAAUGAAAGAGCCCGGAACAGGAAGCUGAGAUGGAGUUCCCAGAGUUCCCAGGGUGCCCUGCUGCUGCCGGCGUUGCCGUGGGCGACGAGGCGGAGAAGGAGGGCCAUGCCCAGGUUCUAUUUGAUGAGUUUGUCCAGGCGUCUACUUGCAGAACGACACUCCGUGCCUUCAACCUGCUGUGUGAGCACCUUCAGCUCACACACACACACACACAGCCACAGACAUACUCCCCGACGCAGCCGCAGAGGCCUUUCUACCACAGCCUCAAAGAACGCCUCAGCUACUGGAAGGCAAACGCACUGUGGGCCAAACUGGACAAACGGGCGGCCCACCACGAAUACGGGAAGGGCCGUGUCUGUGCCAACACCACGUGUGUGAUCAUCGGGGCGGGGCCGUGUGGUCUGCGUACAGCAGUAGAGCUGGGGUUCCUGGGGGCCAGAGUGGUCCUGCUGGAGAAGAGAGAUGCCUUCUCCAGGAACAACGUCCUUCACCUCUGGCCUUUCACCAUCCACGACCUCAGGGGCCUCGGGGCCAAGAAGUUCUACGGCAAGUUCUGUGCUGGAGCCAUUGACCACAUCAGUAUACGGCAGUUACAGUUGGUGUUAUUAAAGGUGGCUCUGUUGCUGGGGGUGGAAGUCCAUGUCAACGUAGAGUUCAAGGGACUGGUGGAGCCACCAGUGGACCAGGAGCAACAGAAGGUAGGCUGGAGGGUGGAGGUGAAACCCAAGUCUCACCCUAUUAACCAACUGCAGUGUGACGUGGUGAUCGGAGCUGAUGGACGACGGAACACACUGCCAGGGUUCAGGCGUAAGGAGUUCCGUGGCAAGCUGGCCAUUGCCAUCACAGCUAACUUCAUGAACCGUAACACCACAGCUGAGGCCAAGGUGGAGGAGAUCAGCGGAGUGGCCUUCAUCUUCAACCAGAGGUUCUUUCAGGAGCUACGGGACACCACAGGAGUGGACCUGGAGAAUAUAGUGUACUACAAGGACGACACACACUACUUUGUGAUGACGGCUAAGAAGCAGAGUCUGCUGGAGAAAGGAGUCAUUCUGCGGGACUAUGCAGACACAGAAACACUUCUCUCACGGGGAAACGUGGACCAGAAUGCGCUGCUGGCCUACGCCCGCGAGGCGGCGGACUUCUCCACCAAUCACCAGCUGCCGUCCCUGGACUUUGCCAUGAACCACUACGGGCAGCCUGAUGUUGCCUUGUUUGACUUCACCUGUAUGUACGCGUCGGAGAACGCUGCACUGGUCAGACAGAGACAUGGACACCAUCUACUGGUCACGCUGGUGGGAGACAGCCUUCUGGAGCCGUUCUGGCCCAUGGGGACAGGUAUAGCACGGGGGUUCCUGGCAGCAUUGGAUUCUGCCUGGAUGGUACGGAGCUGGGCUCAAGGCCUCGCCCCCCUGGACAUACUUGCUGAAAGAGAGAGUCUGUAUCGUCUCCUUCCUCAGGCCUCUCCAGAAAAUGUCAACAAGAACUUUGGUCAAUACACUGUAGACCCAGCUACCCGCUACCCUAACAUCAACCACCAACUCAUCACCCCCGCACAGGUGGGGCAUCUAAUAUACACAGAAGAGAGUGGAGGUUCGGGUGCGGACCAGGAACCACGACCCCGAUCCCCCUUGCCGAAGCUACUACGACAGGAGUCCUUCUCUCGCUCCAGUAAGCUUUUGUCAUGGUGCCAGCAGCAGACACAGGGUUACCGUGGCGUUGCGGUUAGCGACCUCACUACUUCCUGGAAGAAUGGCCUAGCUUUGUGUGCCCUCAUCCACCACUACCGACCUGACCUCAUCGACUUUGACUCUCUAAAGGAGGAUGAGGGGGAGGAGAAUAUGAGGUUGGGGUUGGAGGUGGCAGAGAAGGAGUUUGGCAUCUCUCCUGUGAUGACUGUCGAGGAGAUGUCGUCUGUCAGUGAAACGGACACUCUCUGUAUGGUCAUGUACCUCAGCCAGUUUCACCAGCUCUUCAAGGACGCACUGCCCCCAAGCGAAUCCCAGACCGAGAGCCUAGAUGGGAGGGCUGCUGUGAUUGGUCCUGCCUCUCUCCUCAGCCGCCUGGGCCACAGCCCAUCCCGCAAGCGCAACCCCAAGGAGCAGAAGGAGAAGGAUGCGGUGGGGAAGAGGAGGAAGACCAGUCGGCCAUGUCUGGAGGAUGUGAGACAAGAUCUCAGAUUAGUGGACAGUUAUGAGGAAGAGGCUGCCUUGUGCUCUGUGGGUGGAGCAAGCCAGAGCAGAGUGCGCUCGAUGGCCAAUCAGCUGCUGGCCAAGUUUGAGGAGAAUGCCCCUUGCCCCUCCUCCACGCCAGCUGCAGCUCUCCGCAGACAGGGGGACUCCAUGCCCAUGCUUCCACCUCCUCCAGCAUCCCCUGACCCCCAGGAACCAGCCUUUGUGGCCUCCGCUGCCACCUGGAAACAGAAGAAGCGCACGCAGCAGCAGGAGCAGAUGAGUUUCAAGUACAAGGAAAAGGUCAAAUGUCACACUCUGCCCAGCAGGGGAGAGCAGAAAUACGUUCAGAUGUACACAGGGGGAGUAAGCUCAUUGGCUGAACAGAUAUCCAAUCAGCUUCAAAGUCAGGAGUCACCGUCACCCCAGCACACUCCUGAUAGGAAGGAAUCAGCUGGCGUUCACUCUGUGUUGGCGGGGCCAGGGCCAGGAGGGGCCAGUGACGUGUGUUUCUUCUGCAGUAGGCGUGUGUACGUGAUGGAGAGACUCAGUGCUGAGGGACUGUUCUUCCACCGGAGCUGCUUCCAGUGUGACCACUGCAGCUCCACCCUUCGCCUGGCCUCUUACGCCUACGACCGACCUAACGGGAAGUUCUACUGUAAGCCGCACUAUGACCUCCGUCUGGUUGGGCCGGUCCAGAGGAAGAGACCAGCUCCUCCUACCUCCGACCAGCAUCCAACCCCCUACGAACGGACCCCCUCUCAGCAGACCCUCCUGGAGUCCCCAGCUGCUCUGUCCACUAACCCUCACUCCUCAGUAACUGUGGUGACAGCAGAUCGCAGGUCCUCAGUGGCAUCUCUGAUUGAGAGGGAGUGUGGCUUGGCUAAGCGCAUGCGCGGCACGCCAGAACGUAUAGAGCUGGAGAACUACUGUGGGAGCCUGGGGAGCCUGGAGACUGAGCAGCUAACAGAUGAGCCGGAGGAGGUGCCAGAGGAGACGCUGGCCAAUUACAACCUCAGUCUGCUGGUGACAGAGGUGAAGAAGGCCAAUCACAAGCGCAUCUCGUUGCGGGACAACGAGGGCUCCAGUUCAGAAUCAGAGACGGAGGAGGAGGGGGAGAGGCAGCGAGCUCUAACCAAUGACCUGGCUAGAGACUCAUGGAGGAAGGCCAUGGAACUACACGCACGCCUCCGAGGAGAGAGAGGAGAUGAUGAAGAAGAGACAGAAGAAGGAGAGGAGGAAGGAGAGGUUGAUGAAGAUGAUGAUGAUGAUGAGGAGGAGUUAUCUAGUGAUGGGGAAGGAGCAUCUCCACUCACCGCUGAGGAGGUAGCCUCGUUGGACGAGUGGCAGCAGAGCACACACUCUCCAGACACAUACACACCUGACACACACAGGCAUGGCACAAACACGCCUGACACGCACUCUCCAGACACACACACGCCUGACAUACAACUGCCUGACUCGACAACACCCGACACACACGGUCCACACAGCCCCACCAGUGUACCCAAUAUCACCUUCUCCACUCCGGCCACUGCCUCAACACCCUUCACACCCACACCUUUAACGUCGCAUGCACCCACACCCACGUCCUCAGUGUCAAUUCCAGACUCCUCUGUCUUUACCUACUCCUCCCCCAACUCCUCCACAACCUCUGGCUGCUCCCCGGGUCCAGACGAGGGAGAGGAGGAUGGGGAGAAGAAAGAGAUGAAGGAGAGAAAAGAGCGAGAGGAGAGGGAGAGAGGGGGGAAGGAGAGGGAGAGGGUACGUGACUCCAGCAGUAGUUCGGGGAUCGGUGUGGGCGGGAGCUCCACCACCUCUACCUCGGACCCUCUCACCCCUCCCGGCAUCCCUCCCCCUGCCCAGCUCAAGGCAUGCUGGGAUAGCCUGCCCCACCCUUCUGUGGAGGCAGAGUCACUGCAAAGCCCCGUCUCUCGCCCUGCCCCUCGAUUUGCCCCCGCACCUAUCAUGGCGUCGGCUGUUGUGCGGGGGGUCGGGGGCAAGAAGCUGAAACCGUGGGACGUGGAUGGGGGAAGGGGAUUUGUUGCGGGGGGGUCUGUUGGGGCAGGGUCUCUUGGGGAGAAGCUGUGUAAGGGUGUAGUAAUAGACCCCUUAGAGGACAUCAACCCCCCCUUGUCCCCCCUGAAGCCCCUUAAGGCAGUGCCCAGAGACGAGAGAGAGAUCGGGAGGAAGAGGGAGAUGGAGAGGAGGAGGGAGAUAGAGAGAGCAGCCAUGGGAGUGGGCUGGGAGGACACGAAAAUCCCCCUAGGAAGGGAGCCUCUCCCAAGGAAGAGCAGAGGUGGUCUAGACCCCCGCAGACUCACAGAGAGCUUGCCCCCCCUCCUCCUCACACAACUCCAGGGGGGCUCCCUCUUCCCUUCACGUAAGUGCUGCAGGGACAACCAGCCCUCCAGCCAGAGUGUGUCUGAAGCGGGCAUAGGAGAGGGUGGACCCCUGGGCCUGUGGAGAGCUGUCAUCUCUGGCUAUAAGAGGGACAGGAAGAAGAAGGGCAGGACUUCCCUUUCCAAAAUGGCAACAGCCCCAGCCCCCAAAGAGCAGGGCAGGAGGAAACCUUCUGCGGAGAGAAGAGGUGUGAAGUUCAGGGAGCGCCAGAGCUGGUCGGAGCCGGAGGAGUCAGACAUCACCUGCUCUGUUGUGAUGGAGAGGUGCUCCAUGAACCCCAAGGCCAACCUUCGUCUGGAGCUGUUUGACCUAGCGUCAGACCUUCAGAAGGACACCAUUGAGGAGGAGGAGGAAGAGGAGAAUGAGGAAGGGGAGGUAUACUACUUUGUGGCAGUAGGAUGAAGGCUGCUAUGUACUAGUCCGGUUAGAGAGCGUUACAGCAGAGUUACUGAGAGAAGUUACGUUUCUCCCGUUGUGUAGAUGGUUACAUUUCUCCCGUUGUGUAGAUGGUUACGUUUCUCCCGUUGUGUAGAUGGUUACGUUUCUCCCGUUGUGUAGAUGGUUACAUUUCUCCCGUUGUGUAGAUGGUUACGUUUCUCCUGUUGUGUAGAUGGUUACGUUUCUCCCGUUGUGUAGAUGGUUACGUUUCUCCCGUUGUGUAGAUGGUUACGUUUCUCCCGUUGUGUAGAUGGUUACGUUUCUCCCGUUGUGUAGAUGGUUACGUUUCUCCCGUUGUGUAGAUGGUUACGUUUCUCCCGUUGUGUAGAUGGUUACGUUUCUCCCGUUGUGUAGAUGGUUACGUUUCUCCCACUGUGUAGAUGGUUACGUUUCUCCCGUUGUGUAGAUGGUUACGUUUCUCCCGUUGUGUAGAUGGUUACGUUUCUCCCGUUGUGUAGAUAGUUACGUUUCUCCCGUUGUGUAGAUGGUUACGUUUCUCCCGUUGUGUAGAUGGUUACGUUUCUCCCGUUGUGUAGAUGGUUACGUUUCUCCCGUUGUGUAGAUGGUUACGUUUCUCCCGUUGUGUAGAUGGUUACGUUUCUCCCGUUGUGUAGAUGGUUACGUUUCUCCCGUUGUGUAGAUGGUUACAUUUCUCCCACUGUGUAGAUGGUUACAUUUCUCCCGUUGUGUAGAUGGUUACAUUUCUCCCGUUGUGUAGAUGGUUACAUUUCUCCCGUUGUGUAGAUGGUUACGUUUCUCCCGUUGUGUAGAUGGUUACGUUUCUCCCACUGUGUAGAUAGUUACAUUUCUCCCGUUGUGUAGAUAGUUACAUUUCUCCCGUUGUGUAGAUAGUUACAUUUCUCCCGUUGUGUAGAUAGUUACGUUUCUCCCGUUGUGUAGAUAGUUACAUUUCUCCCGUUGUGUAGAUAGUUACAUUUCUCCCGUUGUGUAGAUAGUUACAUUUCUCCCGUUGUGUAGAUAGUUACGUUUCUCCCGUUGUGUAGAUAGUUACGGUUCUCCCGUUGUGUAGAUAGUUACAUUUCUCCCGUUGUGUACACGGGUCGUUUAUAGCUGUAAUAAAUAGUUUGUAAGUUCCGAUUUAGAGUACGUUUUCUCUGAACUAGACAUACUAUAUAUUGUGUGCCCGAUUUUGAUUGUUUUUUGGUCUUCGUCUUUCCAAGUCUGCAUAUGUGCCUCAUGCCCUGGCCUUUAAGAGGGCGUAU